AUGCCUAUAUCAGCUGGUCGUGUCUUCGGCUUCAUCGAAGGUGUGCUUUCUUUGAUUAUUCUUGCAAUCCUCUCAUACCUCGACAAGUCGUCAAAUCCCUCAAACGAUGAACUUGGAGAGGAGGUAGCAAAGGGUACGUGGAAUGACCCUGCACUCCUUGAGCUUUCGAGUUCUAACGCUGCCAUAGCACAAGAUGACCUGUGGUCUCUAGACGUUCGUGAAGGUGAUAUCGUUCACAAACUUCUGACGCUCCCGGACGGCCUCCAACUGCACUACAUCUCUCCAGCCAAGGCAGAGCAGCGCCGUGACCUAAUCAUCUUCCUCCAUGGCUUCCCAGACUCAUGCUUCGUAUGGAGUCGAAUGCUACGAUCAUCGCUAUCUGAACAUGCCACACUGGUGGCGCUGGAUCUGCCAGGAUAUGGCGGAAGCGAUGGCUUGCCCAAUUAUGGACCCGAUUGCAUGCUCUCCGCGAUCGAGGUGGCGAUCAAGGAACUGAAGCAGCAGUACGGGGUUAACGGAGCACCAAAGAGCAACGAGAGCCGGUGUAUCGUUGUAGGACACGACUGGGGUGGAGCGAUUGCUUCUCGAGUCGCUGCUGAAACUGAAGGACUCAUUGACCACCUUGUCCUGAUCAACUCCGUGUUUCCUCCGCAUGCCGCAGGAAUGGUAAAGGGUCGCAUUGACCGAGCUCGCCAGCUUGUGUCGAGUCGUCCGCAAGGCUGGCUGCGUUCUGCCCGAGACGAGAUUGGUUGCGUCGGAUCGCAGCUCUUGAAGUCCCACUACAUCUUCCUCUUCAAUCUUCCGUUCUUCUCGGCUAGGCGAUUCCCUUCCAUCAUGCGCUAUCUGCUCAACUGGUGCUACAAAAAGGCUUCGAAGCAUGAUGGCAGCCUGAGCUCUACUUACGCAGCCUCUCUGGGACCGUCGGUCGCUCAGUGCCACGAAGAAGCGAGCAAAUCGGUCUACAGCGCUUCUGUCCUGGCGAGAGCUAUGGCACAGCCAGAUGCCAUCUGGGACGAGCGUAUUCGCUUGUACCGCGAACGCCUCGCUUCAGGCCGUUGGACGCGGGCAUCCAAUUCAGCUCAUAGUCCCGCAUUGCCGGGGAGACGCUACAUAAGGUGCCCUUCUACAGUCCUGUUCGGAAUAAGGGAUGAGGCUCUGGACCCGAGUAUCUUCAUGGAAGGCAUCGACGACUACGUCCGGCCAACUUCUGGAUACAAAGGCCUCGCAGUCUCAAUCCAAGGAGUCGGACAUUGGUCGCCUUUACAUCCACUCGGCGCAGACGUUCUGGAGCAGGUCUUGACAUCACAUAUCACAGCGACGAAGUCUGGAGUAAAGCAGCUUGAGACGGUCAAGGACCGGCUACAGGGAAGCAGCGUCCUGCACAAGGUGUCUGUUCGCGAGAUGAAAUAA